GUAAUUAUAUGUAUCUAUUUUCUCCUGAGCCAAGGUGGGUCCCUAAACCCACCUAGUUAUCCCUUUGCUACCGCACUGCUCUCGAUCAUAUGUGUUACUUUCUAAAGGCCGCCAAAGCUGUGAGAAUACCAGGAUUCACUCAAGAUCAUAUUAAUGGUAUUUUCUUCACUUACACUCUGCGAGGGGAGCCCGCCAUCUGGUAUAAGGAAUUCCGAGCUACUACCUCGCCAUGGGGUGAAGUCAUGGAGACUUUUGUGUAUCAGUAUCUUGUUGGUACAUUAGCUAUGAUGUAGAAGAAAGAUAUUGUCACCUUCCAACAAGGGGUCCAAGAGAAUUUUCAACAAGCCUGCGAGCAUUUUGGUGUUCUGACACGACGAAAUCUGAAUCAUGGAUAUUCAGAAGACCUACUGAACGAGAUCUUAUUCAAUGGACUCCUAGAGAAUUACAAGGUGAUCAUCGCAAGGAGCAAUUGGAUUAAGAUAUAAUGACCUUGAGCAGAUGAAGAACUAUGCGAUCAAAUAGAAAAGGAGGAAGCUACUCUAGCUAGAGAAAUGGCUAUUUAGAGUCAAAUCAACGAAAUGAGUAGAGAGCAUAAGGAACUUUUGGAAGAGGGCGAUAAAGAUCCUACUCGGGUAGAGCAAGUCUUCACACUCAACACUAGGGUACCUCCUCAACCUAGUCUGUCCUUCCAUGGAACAUCAUCAAGACCACACCGCUGAAGAACCUUGUGGGUCUUGCCGUGAAUUGAACCGUUGGUUGGAACGUUUGGAAGAAAGAGUAUCGGAUUGGGUUUCAAUUUUUCAUCAACGGAUGAAUGAUUUUGAUCGAUUUGUUCACGCCUCCAUAGCGCAAGUGGACUCCUUGAGGGUAGAGAACAAAGUAUUCGUGGAUACUAUAAAGGUUAUGCCUGCUUUAUUUGUUCUCCUAGAGAAGAUUAUAAGGGAAGGCCAACGAAGACCUAAUGGGAAGCAGGGCAAGUCACCGGAGAGCGAGUUGACAAUCAACCCAAAGCCCAUAAAUGUUAACCCAAAUGUGAAGUUUGAUCAGGAGAAAAAGGAGGACGUAGCCUAAGAUGUUUCUUUAGCUAUGUCGGUCAUCCAAGAACCCUCAUAGCUAGCCAAAUAUGUUGAUCUCAUAGAGCAUUUGUUGGCGACUAAAUGGGAAUUUGACGAGCAUCCGAUCGUUGACAUAGGGCAAGCGUAUCCAGUGUUCAUUCAUCACGAGGGCCCAAUCAGGAGAGAUGACCUGUGUUUGUUCUCAAUAUCGUGCUCUAUAAAAUGGGUUACUAUUAAGGAUGUCAUCGUAGAUCCCUUUUAUGAUCUUAACGUGACGAGCUUCAAGUUGUUUUGAGAAUUGGGGUCGCAGGACCUUAGAUCGACGGACAUGGCCAUGAAACUAGCCGAUAAUUCAAUAGUUUACCCCAAUGGGAUCAUAGAGUAUCUUUUGGUAUGAGUUGAGACAUUUGUUUAUCCGGUAGACUUUGCAGUGGUGGAUGCGGUACCAAAGGCUUCGACUCAUAUGUUACUUGGCAAAACAUUCUUGGCAACAACUAGAGCUGUGAUAGAGGUCCCAAAAGGCGAAUAAUCAUGGAGUACGUAGAAAAUAGGUUGAUUGUACAUCUCUCCAAUGAUUGACGAGGAGUUUUGCCUUCGUUCGCUUCUUACACGAGAUUGAAUGUUCCAACUACUCAAGUUCCUUCACGUAAACUGAUUUUGGAUCCCAAUCUAUCACAACAUCCUCAAACAAGCAAGGCGUAUUCCUAGAAAAGGAGAUGUCAACCGAUCGAAUUCUCAAGAGAGUUUUUAAGAAAGCCAUCCAACCUUCAACUCCUACCCAUGAAACCACAAUGAAUCUAUCUUUAGGGUUGUUACUCGAAGGGAGCACCGAAAGUCUACAUGGUCUGCACUUAGGCCUUCACCACAAGGGUGUUUUUGACGACACCACCUAGGGUGAGGGAGAUGCUUCCACCUGAAGGUCUCUCACGAUCAAAGAGUCUGGAGAAAAGACUUCAAAGAUACACUUGUUGGGAGGUACCCCAACACUUCGAUUUGUUUUUCCUUUACCUUACCCUUUUAAAUAAAUAUUUUAUAGAACCACUUAGAUUAGGCACCAUGAUCCGACACUCUAAACCAUGGAAUUUGCAUUAAGCUGUGGGCAACCUUGUAGAACUAGAACUCUUAAGAUUGUGGCCUUCACAGGCAAGUUCGCGACCGCGAUCUUGUGGUUCUAGCCCGUGAACUUGUCCGCGUUUGGGUUGACUGUACGAUUUUUGCUCUCAUUUUACCUACUUUUCAUCACUUUUUGAUAUGUUCCCUUCUAGCAUGGGUUUUCAUCAUCCACAUUAGAUAAUUAGGGGAGUGAUUAACUUUCAACUUGAGUAGAGCAAAUCCAAGGUAGCAUUUCUACAGCUAUUUACUUACAAAGGUUGGUGGUUUUGAUUUGCUCCCAAGAUUUAUUUUAGAAUUCCCUCAUUGGUUGCUUCCUUAACGCGUGCUUAAUGUGAUUUGUGGUAAUAUUCUUUCUUGCUAUUUUCUUUCAUGUGAUUGGGUUUGGGGUGACUUGAAUGGGUAGAAAAAUGCUUUGCUCGUCUUUCUUGUUAAUCUUUGGUGGAAUUUCAUUUGCCCAAGUUGCCUGCAUUUUAUCCCCACAAGGUGUUCGAUCAAAUGCCUUAGAGAACAAAAGGGUUUCUAAGUCACUUCAUGUCUUCUUUGUCUAUUUUGUUUCCCAUGUCUAUCUUUGCACUAAUGAGAUUUCUAUCUAGUUUUUGUUUAAGGAUGGACAAGUCAAAGAAGAUUCUCGAGUCAUCAACAUCAAUCAAAGGUGGUAGGAGGGCACCACAUCCUUAUCUUGAAUUUGGGGACAAAGACAAGGCAGAAUAUGCACAUUUUGCUUCAUGAACCUAUGGGGAACAUCGUUGCAUCUCUUGGUAGAAUUUGGAGGCUUUUGGGGCUGCCACAACCAUUUGAGACCCGACAUGGCUCAAUCUCUUGACAAUCAAUGAAAAUAUUUACG